AUGAUAAUCAUCAUCUGGUGGUCCUUUCUCUUUUUGUCUUGGAUAAUUAUUGAUUCACUAAAAGAGUGCAUAUCACUUCCACCAGCCACACACAUAUCUUACUCACAAAACUAUCCACGGUACAUUCACAUACACUUGAAGAAACAACUUUCAUCUUUUUGGUUCUUCUACAUUUGCAGUAACAACCCAAAGAAACACUUUAACUCAUUAAAAAAAUCAAAGCUUUUCAAAAUCGCUAGCACUAUCUCCAUAACUAAUAUCAUCACCACUUCACAAAGUCACUAUAUUACAUUCAUUCACCUUGUUUUUUUUAAAAUCAAUCCAAAUUCAUUUCUCUUACAUCCAUCCCUAAUUUUUAACAUAUUUAUCCAUCACUGGUUUUUAACAUGUAUUCAACCAAAAUCCAGCCCAUGA